UCAGGUAUCUCUCGAAAGGCUUAUCGAAUAGCGUUCUUUUUCUGUAUAAGUAAAUUUGGCACGUUAUGCACUCCGUUCAUUGUUUCACAGACAUAAAGAAAACACUGGAUACUUAAUCGCGGAGACGAAUGAGACAAGAUGUCGAAGAUACGCAAACUAUCGCUUCGCGGCAUUCGUAAUUUUGGUGAUGACAACGAGGACUCUUUAAUACGUUUUUCCUGUCCGUUAACACUCAUUUUGGGACCGAAUGGCACGGGAAAAACGACGAUCAUUGAAGCAUUAAAAUAUGCCACGACCGGUGAAUUCCCACCGGGCUCUGAAAAGGGGAAAUUUUUCAUACAUGAUCCUAGUCUGGCAACAACCGGCUCGGUAAGAGGUGUCGUUAAAGCUGAGAUAAUUGAUUCUAUGGGUAAUACUUAUACAGUAUCCAGAACAAUUGAGUCAUUGAAAGCAGUAAAAAAAUUUAAGACUCUUGACAGUACUGUAACUAGAGUAAGCAAGGAUAAAAAGGAAAAAGCAUCAAUAACUAAUCGAUGUGCUGAUGUUGAUGCAGAACUCAGUGUAGCAUUAGGUGUUUCAAAAUCGAUUCUAAAUUAUGUUAUAUUUUGCCAUCAAGAAGAGCUUAAUUGGCCAUUUGAUCAAGGAAAAACCUUAAAAGAAAGAUUUGAUGAAAUAUUUGAUAGUACUAAAUUUAAUAAAGCUUUAGAAACUAUCUUAAAACUUCAUAAAGAUUUACAAGGGGAUAUUAAAAGUCUGAAUGCAGAGAAACAGACCUUCAAAGUACUUGUAUCUGAAGUAGAAAAUAAAGAGACUAAACUUGAAGAACAUAAGAAGAGAUUGGAUAUCACAAAAGAAAAAAUAAAUGAUAUUGAUAAGCAGCUUGUACCUUUAAAACAGAAGAUCGAAGAGGUGCAACAGUCUCAUUCUGAAUACAAAAAUAUUCAAGCUGAAGAAGAGAAAAAAAAGAUGGAAUAUGGUGUGUAUAAGGAACGAUAUCAAAAAUUGAAAGAAACAAUAAAUAAUAUUUUUCAUGGAACAACAGAAGAAUUAAACGCGCUCAUAGAAUCACAUGAUACUAUAUUGCAAGAAAAGAACAAUGAAAUAGCAGAGAAUGAAAUCGAGAUCAAAGGUAUUUCUGAGAAAGAAGCUAGGAUCUCGAAUAUCUUAGCAACACGAAGGGAAACUGUAGGUACAUUUAAACAGCAAGUAAAAGAUCAUGAAAAAAGAGUAGUUCGUCGUAAUGAAUUAUUAAAUGAAGCAUUGCAAGCAUGGAAUUUUGAUACAGUGGAACAAGAUGUCACUGAAAUAGAGGUGAAGGCUCUCACAAAAAGAUUGGAACAAAAAAUUCGAACGUUAGAACAAGAAAUAGAAGAAAAUAGAAUGGCCAUGGAAAAAAAAGAAAAACAGUCGCAAAAAGAAGUUGAUAUCCUGUGUAGCAACUAUUUGAAGAUAGAGUCAGAAAAGACUCUCAAAGAGAAGGAAAUAACGGAAAUAAGAGAUGAAAUUACCACUAUACGAAAUCAGAUAGCACAGAUUGGUGCUGCAGGAAAUAAAUUAAAAUCCAUUGAACAAAAGCUUCAAGCAGCAAAACAAAAAAUUGAUGAACUUAGCAAUGCAUUAGAUGUUGAUUCUGUUAAAACUGAUAUCGCAAAUAAAAUAAAAUCUAGAGAUAAAAUUGAAGCAAAUUUAAGUGCGAUUGAUGACGAAAUUUCUUCUUUACAUAAAUUAAGCUCAUUAAAAACAGAAUUCGAUUUAAAAAAGUCGACAUUACAAGCUAAAGAAGAAGAAUUGGAGAAUUUAAAGAGAAAACACGGAAAUAGCAUCAAAACAUUGUUAAAUACUCAAGAAUUACAGCAGACGAAAUUGAAAAUUACUUUGGAUCGUGUUCAUCAGCAAUUGGAAAAAGAAACAACUUCUUUGACACAAGAGAUUCAAGCACAAGAACGCAAAACUACCGCUUUUCAAACAACAUUACAAUACAUAGAGUCCGAUAUUGGAAAAAAGAAGACAGAACUGCAUCGUGACAAAGAAAGAAUAUCUACAGUGUGUGAUUACAAAGAGUUUGAUGAGACUUUAUUAAUGCAAUCAAAAAUAGUAAAAGAUCUUCAGGAUAAGCGAGGAAUUUAUGCUUAUCAAGCCACAGCCUACAAAGAAUAUAUUAAAAAGCUAUCUGUAAAAGAUCCUUGCUGUCCCUUAUGCCACAGAAAUUUUCAAGAACAAAAUAAAGUUACAGAUUUAAUAAAAGAAAUGGAAACUGAUAUAAUUCGUAAUCAACCUAAUCGUUUAAAAAAGUGCGAAGAGGAAUUAAAGAUACAACAAGAAAAAUAUGAUAAUAUGUUACAAUUGAAACCUAUUGUUCAAAAAAUCAUUCAGUGUGAAGAGACUGAUCUGAAAAAAUUAGAAGAGAGAUUAGAGAAAACCAAGAAUAGUGUGAAAUUGUCUAAAAUAGCUAUUAAAGAUCUAGAAGUAUCAAAGGCAGAACCUGAAAAAAAGUUAUUAUUAUAUAAAGAUAUGAUUGGCGAUAUUAAAUUUUGGGAUCGAUGCAUAGACGAAAUACAGCAAUUAAAAAAAACCGUUAAUAACUUGCAAACUCAAAUGGCCAAUGCUGGAGUUAAAACGGAAAAGACUCUAGAAGAGCUGCAAGUACAGCGAGAAUCCUUGAAAACAUCUUUUAAAGAAACUCGUAAUCAUAUUGAAGCAUUACAACUCAAAUUGAACAAGCAUAAUGAGAGGUUACAUGAAGCUAGAGAAACAUAUAAUGAACUACACGAACAACAAUUAAAAAUACAUUCAGAUAUGCAGAAAUUAAAACAUUUGAAGGAUAAACAGGAGGAUUUGUAUGUAAAAGAAGUUACUAUAGGGGAGACAGUGGAGAAACUGCAAGAAAACUUGGCAAAUGCUGAAAAUCAAUUGGAUUCUGGAAAGCAGCAAUUGGAAAAAAUCAAGUUAGAAAAUCGGCAAAAGCAAGAUGCUGAUAGAAAAUUGAUGAUGGAAAAUACUAGACGCUUAACCGACUUGCACAAGAUAAUAGACGAAGUCGACUCAUUUAUUAGCAGCAAUGUACCUAAAAAACUUGCAAGCUAUGAGCUUGAGAUAGAAACUUAUCAAAAAUCGUUAAUGGAACUUAUAAACAAGAAAAAGAAUGUCGAACAAGCGAUAAAUAAAUUGAAAGAAGACGUUGCCUCUCAAGAAAUUGGGAAGAGAGAGUUACAUGACAAUAUAACGUUACGUAAAACUAAAGAUACGAUAGAAGCUUUGAAGGAACAAUACAAAAAAUUGAAUGAAAAAUUGAAAAACAUGAAUUACAGUGAGCUGACGAAAAAGUGGGAGCAGCUGGAAAGUGAAAAACAGGCAUUACUUCGUCAAAAAAACGUAGCAUUGGGAAAUCAGGAAGAGUUGGAAAGAGUAAUCAAACAGUACAUGCAGGAAUUACGAAAAGAGGAAUAUCGAUUAGCUCGUCGAAAUUAUACUAAUAAGUGUAUUGAAUUAACAGUUCAGGAAGACACCAUAGCCAAUUUGAAAGCUUACAGUAAAAUAUUGGAUACCGCCAUGAUCGAGUAUCACGAGGAGCGCAUGUCGACAGUCAACAGAAUAAUGAAGAAGCUAUGGAAACAUGUUUACAAGGGUACAGAUACUAGUAGCAUAGAGAUUUGUACAGAACCUACGAAAGAUGUGGGUAGCAAUAGAAGAAGCUACACUUACAAAUUGAUUCAAACUAAACAUGGUUGUAAGAUGGAUAUGAAAGGACGUUGCAGCGCUGGACAGAAAGUAUUGGCAUCGAUUAUUAUAAGACUCGCUUUGGCAGAAACAUUUUGCAAGGAUUGCGGUAUUCUUGCAUUAGACGAACCAACGACAAAUCUGGACGAAGAAAAUGCUAACAGUCUAGCAGAUACGCUAACUAAAGUUGUCGAACUACGAUCGAGAUAUCAAAAAAAUUUCCAGCUGAUUAUUAUCAGUCACGAUGAAAAGUUCCUACAGAAGCUAGCUGAUUUGAAUAAUCAUAAGCAAUUCCACGAGCUUUAUCGCAAACAAAAUGGGAUGACUGCGGUGAAAAUCUCCGACUUCAACGAACCUGCGAGUUCUCUGGUGCAAAUUAAAAGCGAAGACGAAUCCGACGAAGAAGAAAGGCAUCCUAAUCGAGCAUCAACCAGUGGUUUAUCUACAAAUAAAAAGAGGUACAAUUGGGAUGAUUUCAAUGAACAUGAUAGGCCACCAGCUAAAAAGAGAUAUUAUUUCGCCGAGUGAAUUUAGAAAAAAAACAUACUAAACUUAUAAAUAUCAUUUUAUAUAAUA